UCCCCAUGGAGCCAGCCUCAAGUGGUCAUUCGAGGAACUGCACUUUUUGGCACAGGAGGGUGCCGCUUGGUUUUAACAACUAUUAUAUCAGCCUUUUCCCCUCCUUUUUAAAUAAAAGUAGGAUAUUUCUGACAUUCUACACGUUUCUGAAAUGUACGUGCACACAUGUACGUCUUUAUAAGAAAAUGAGAAAUAGCAGUAGGCUAUAGGCCUACUUUACAAUUAUCAAUAUAGGCUACAAUUACACUGCAACAAUAUAACUAGAUUUUUUUUAAUUUUAGGCUAUACUAUCCUAUUUUAAUUGGUAUUUUAAAUAUCGGGUGUAGGCUAUACUUUAAAUAGCCUAGUGGAGAAAUAGGCCCUACCUGCUGUCAAGAAAAACGUUUAAACUGUCAUGCACUAGGCUAUGAAGGGAAGAGAAAAAAAAAGAUGGUGACAAGGAAAGCUGCUCUCACUUUCACUUCCUCGUCAGGUUGUUUGACAGCUAUCGGCCUACUACUUCCGCCUUCUAGCUGGUAGUUUGUGUGUGUGAGACAGUCAUGAAGGACGGUAGCAGAACAGAAGAACAGGCGAAGGUUUCCCGCCAGGAGCUCUAUGAGGAUUAUGUGAACUAUCUCCAGCUGUGUCCAGAGGUUCGGCCGUGCCGCGACGCCUGCCUGCUGAAGAAGGCGGCUCAGUACCUUCUGACGGAACCAGAACCCAGAGGGUCUUUCACCGUGUUCCCUUUCUACCAGGCUGUACGGCAGGAUUGUAAAUCUCUGACCACAGACUGCAGGGAACAUUUGUCUGCUUUUAUCAAAGCCACCGAACUGCUGGAAACUCUCUGCGUCAAUCUAUUCCUUCAACCCUGGAAGAAGGAAAUCAAGACACUUAAGACUUUUACAGGUCCAUUUGUUUACUGUCUCCUGCCAGUUCUCAGCAGUUCUACCAUUCAGUCGGUCCUGGCCUCUAUUGGCUACCUGCCCCAUACGGACACUCCACAAAGUGAAUACAGACUCAGUGAGGAUGCUAACCCAGACAGAGCCAUGCUGCUGGGCUUUGAGCUGCUGCUCGCCAGGGUGGAAUGUUACCACCUCCUGGAUCUCGUGGAGAAGGAUCAGGUAGGACCACAGGAGUGGCUGGAGGUCCUCCAGAGGAGAGUGGGGCCUACAAAACUGGAGGAACCCACAGACAAGAAGACAACGAUAGGCCAAAAGGAAGAGGAGGAGGAGAAGGAGGAGGAGGAGAAGAAGAAGGAAGAUAGAAAAGAGGUACGUCAGGAUUUGGACACUAGACUUGCAGUGAAACCACAGCCCAAGCCUCGACAAUGCCAUCUCAUCAGCGUAGACCAGUCCAUUAUGGAGAUGCAGAUGACCUACCCUGACCUGGUCUUCAGGGGCCGCCCUGUGCAACUGGAUGAACCUCAACAAGCAAACAGCUGCAAGAGCAGCAGUAAAGAUGCUCAUACUACCAGUACUAAUAAUUACAGUGAUGACAGUAAAGCUACUGAGCUCCCCAAAAGAGAUUGUAUUAAAGGCACCAAAGCUGCUGCUGCUGCUAAAACUAUCUGCAGUAAAAAUGAUGGCAGCAAAGCUGAUGAAGUAUUUGGUGACGAUGGCAGAGGCAGUGGUUGUAAUGACAGGAACAGUGGUGGGACCACCAGCCUAGGAGACACCAUUAGCAGUAGCAGCAUCAGUAAAACUGAUGGAAGCAGAGUUGAUUGUGAGCUCAGUGGUCCUCAGGAAAUUUCCCUGCACAUCCCACCGAGAGCUGGAUCCAAAGCAGAGCAGAGCCUGAAGCCUAUGGAGCCUCAGCCCACAGCAGAACCUCCUGCCUGGACACAGCAGCAGACUGUAGCAGACCUACAAAAUAAGAGACCAGACAGUUCAAAGCUUCCCUCUCUGAGCUCUAUGGACGAGGAGCAGGAUCUGAGAAAGCUGGCAGAGAGGAUGGGCCAGCCCCAUGUGCAGGAGACCAAAGAGGAAGUGAAGAGCAAAGAAGAAAACAAGAGAGAAGAGCAAAACACAAAUAGAGAGAGGAGGAAAAAGGAGAGAAAGGCAAGCACAGAGGGAGAGGCAGAGGAGCAGAACCUCAGGAAGCCAGUGAUGGAGACAGGUCCAGCACUGAGCCAUGCCUACUCUGAGAAGCAGUCCACUGUGUGUCACCACUCACUGCUGACCGUCAGCAAAGCAGAUAGCCAGAGUUGUAAAGGAGGAGGCAGCCCGGGGCAGCGGGAAGGAGAAGAUACUGUGGGAGCAGAAACAGGCAGAGGAGAUGAGGAGCAGCUGGCACAGAGCUAUGUCAUAGUCGAGAAUAACAGAAAAUAACAUGCUCUCAAGUUUACAUGUAUAGAAAUUAUUAAUAAUAAAGCUACUGAGCAAGCCCGAAACCAAUACAACAUGUAAUCAGUCUGUUAGCUUAAAUUAAACUUCUGCUAAGAAACUACUGUAAAGUUAUUUAAGUUACAAAAACAGGGUUUGAUUCAAGUUGUUCUUGCAGAGAAACAUGUUUUUCAGAGAUUUG